CUUCCACAUUGCACAUGCGCAUGCUGCAUUCCGACAUCUUUGACCAGCGCAACUUCAGCCAGUGCGUCCGCGUCUCGCGACACCGCCGCUAUCAUGGACGCCUCGCGUGGCCCACCGCGGGUCAAGAACAAGGCGCCUGCGCCCCAGCAGAUCUCUGCUGAGCAGCUGCUGCGCGAGGCUGUCGACCGCCAGGAACCCGCGCUCACAGCACCGACGCAGCGCUUCGCGGAUCUCGAGGAACUUCAUGAGUAUCAGGGCCGCAAGCGAAAGGAGUUCGAAGACUAUGUCCGACGCAAUCGGCUUAAUAUGGGCAAUUGGUUCCGAUAUGCCGCCUGGGAACUGGAGCAGAAGGAAUACCGACGUGCUCGCUCUGUCUUUGAGAGAGCACUGGAUUGCGAUGCGACCAACGUGCAGCUAUGGCUGAGGUACAUCGAGGCGGAGAUGAAGGAGCGGAAUAUCAACCAUGCCAGGAAUUUGCUCGAUCGUGCUGUGACAAUUCAACCGCGUGUUGAUAAGCUGUGGUACAAAUAUGUUUACAUGGAGGAGAUGCUGGGCAACGUGGCUGGUACACGUGCCGUCUUUGAGCGAUGGAUGAGCUGGGAACCGGACGAGGCUGCGUGGACUGCUUACAUCAAGCUCGAAACACGAUAUGGCGAAUACGAUCGUGCGCGAAAUGUAUUUGAGCGCUUUACGAUUGUGCAUCCCGAACCGAGGAACUGGAUCAGAUGGGCCCGCUUUGAGGAGGCUAACGGCACGAGUGAUCUGGUGAGAGAGGUAUUUGGCAUGGCUAUUGAAACACUGGGCGACGAAUUCAUGGACGAGAAGUUGUUCAUCGCAUAUGCAAAAUUCGAGGCCAAGCUGAAAGAGUUUGAACGCGCUCGAGCCAUCUACAAAUACGCCCUGGAUCGCAUGCCACGUUCGAAGUCUGCCGUGCUGCACAAAUCCUACACCACUUUUGAGAAGCAAUUCGGCGAUCGUGAGGGAGUUGAGGAUGUCGUGCUAUCAAAGCGUCGCGUCCUCUACGAGGAGCAGGUGAAGGAGAACCCAAAGAAUUACGACGCAUGGUUCGAUUACGCCCGUCUCGAAGAAGCUGGCGGCGACUCCGACCGAGUCAGAGAUGUCUACGAGCGCGCAAUUGCUCAGCUGCCGCCGUCACACGAGAAGCGACACUGGCGGAGAUACAUAUAUCUCUGGCUGUUUUAUGCCAUUUAUGAAGAGCUAACGACCAAAGAUCUUGAGCGAGCCCAACAGGUCUACGACGAAGCGCUCAAGAUUGUUCCCCACAAGAAGUUCACGUUCGCCAAGUUGUGGAUGUUGAAGGCACAAUUCCAUCUGCGCAGACACGAGCUCGACAGGGCGAGAAAAACUAUGGGAAUGGCUAUUGGACUGUGUCCCAAGAACAAACUAUUCCGAGCUUACAUCGAAAUGGAGCUGAAGCUCUUCGAGUUCGUGCGGUGCCGUACACUGUACGAGAAAUGGAUUGAAUUUGACGCGAGUAACUCUCAAGCCUGGAUCAAAUUCUCCGAGUUGGAAAGAGGACUCGAGGAUCUGGAGCGCGCGCGGGCGAUCUACGAGCUGGCCAUCCAGCAGGAACAAUUGGAUAUGCCAGAGCUCGUAUGGAAAGCCUACAUCGAUUUCGAGGAGGAAGAAGGAGAAUUUGAAAAGACACGGAAACUUUACGAGCGCCUCCUCCAGAAGACACAACAUGUCAAAGUCUGGAUCUCAUACGCGCACUUCGAGAUCAAUGUUCCCGAUGCUGCUGAUCAGAUUUCCACCGAAACAGAGGACGCACCAGUAUCUGAUGCCGCAAAGGCGAGGGCGAGAAAGGUGUUUGAGAGGGCGCACAAAAUGUACAAAGAUCAGCAGCUCACUGACGAGCGCGUUUCACUGCUCAAUGCGUGGAAGAGCUUCGAAGACACGCACGGCUCGAGCGAGAACAUCGAGAGCGUUGCCAAGGUGCUGCCUAGGAAGGUCAAGAAGCGAAGAAAGCUCGAGGAUGGCUCUUUUGAGGAGUAUAUGGACUACGUAUUCCCAGCGGAUGAUCAGAGUAGCGCGAAGAUGAGCAAGCUCAUGAUGGCAGCGCAGCAGUGGAAGCAACAACAGGCCAGCGAGUCAAACUCAUGACCUUCAUGAAUGCAGCGUUUGCGGUGUGUUGUCGCUAGUACUGGAUAUCGUGCUCUAGCAUAGCGCUCACAAAUGCUGAGAACUAGUCUGGUCCUGUAGCGUCUCAAGCAAUUGAUAGCGAGGACCACGAUGGUGUGGUAGUCCGGGAAUGUCCCCAGCACUGACAACUCACGGGCCUCCAGCCCUAGCUUGAGGGUAUUGAGUGAAUCCCC